AUGCGACGGGCAUUACGAAAACCUGGGAAAUGUACUCUCUGUGUCCCUAAGUCUUCAAACUCGAUAUGGUCCUCUCCGUCAAUACAACCACCAUGGCAAGCCCGCGCCAGUCUUCACACAUCCGCAAUCAGAUAUCGCGCUAAGGAUACGCAGAAUGAACCCAAGGGAGUUGGAAGACGAGUUCGCUCGUCAAGGGGAGACGAGAUUCGAGCACCACCAUUGGGUGAGAAUAGGAGCAAUACCGCGUACGGUCUGUUCGCGGAGGUUGUGUGGGAGCAGUGCAAAGUGCUGAAGCGCACGAUAUAUACUCGAGAUGUGAACAGAGCAGCUGCUUGGGGCCUCCGCAAGCGUGCCGACCUUGAUCCCCUUCUCAAGAGUUUCACGAUAACGGUCCAGCAUGCUACAAAUAAAGCUCUCAGACAGCUGCUGAUCAGCAAAGAAGAGAAUCCGCUCUUCUACCAUCUCCGGCAGGCAUUUAUCAGAGGGCACAUAGCAGGGCUGCAUGCGGAGUUGACAUACAGAUUUCUCACCUCGACGCUUAAGAAGGAACAUUCCAGUAGGGACACGACGGAUCUACAGCAAAAGCUGGCGGACUUCAGUCAUCCUAUCGAGUGGUAUCCAGGAACAAGGGCAUUGCAACGAACAAUACACCUGCAUGUUGGGCCUACUAAUUCCGGCAAAACAUAUCAUGCUUUAAAAAGGCUCGAGGAGGCGAAAAGUGGGAUAUAUGCUGGCCCGUUGCGACUGCUAGCACAUGAGGUCUAUACACGAUUCAAUGCCAAGGGGAAGGCAUGUGCCUUGAUAACAGGAGAGGAAUUCCGCAUCCCUCAAGGUGGCGAUGUCCAGAUGCGCAGCUGUACAGUUGAAAUGGUGCCACUGAACAUCGACGUUGAGGUUGCCGUCAUCGAUGAGAUCCAGAUGAUGGGAGAUUACUCGCGCGGCUGGGCUUGGACGCAGGCAUUCCUCGGAGUCAAGGCAAAAGAAGUGCAUCUAUGUGGUGAAUCUCGAACUGUGCAAAUUAUCAAAAAGCUUUGUGCUACGAUGGGAGACAAGCUUGUCAUCCACAACUACGAGCGACUUGGCCCCCUUCAACCAGAAACGGUUUCCCUCAAGGAUGAUCUAAACAAACUCAGGAAAGGGGAUGCUAUCAUUCUAUUUUCCCGCGUGCAGAUCCACUCUAUGAAGAGGAGGAUCGAGAAGCACACUGGGAAGCGCUGUGCUGUGGUCUACGGUUCUCUGCCGCCGGAGACCCGUGCUCAACAAGCCAACCUUUUCAACGACCCUAAUAACGACUACGACUAUCUUGUGGCAAGUAAUGCUGUUGGUAUGGGCCUGAACCUCAGUAUCAAACGAAUUAUUUUCGAGAGCGUUAGUAAACAUGAUGGGCUGCUUCAUCGACGCCUUGAAAUUCCGGAAAUCAACCAAAUCGCCGGCAGGGCCGGCAGAUUCAAAACUUUACGCCAAGCCGUACAGCAUGGCUCUACCGAUGUUUCCAAUACCGGCCCUCCAUUAAAGUCUCUCGAGUCGAACGAGCCUAAUGUCGGGUAUGUGACUACGCUUCAUCCAGGGGAUUUACACGUCAUCGAGAAAGCUAUGUCAGCGAAAGUUGCACCCCUCAUGACGGCCGGCAUUUUCCCACCAGGGGAAACCAUCGCCAGAAUGGCCUCAUUAUUCCCUCCCGAAACACCAUUCAGCUACAUCGUCCUCCGCCUGCAGGAACUAGCCACCGUCAACCCUCUCUUUCAUGUCUGCGAGUUCCGCACACAUAUCGGGAUUCUUGACCUGAUCCAGCCCUACAAGAUGCAAGUCACGGAUCGUAUUAUAUUUAUGAAUGCACCUGUCACCCUGCGGUCCCCGGGAGCACAUGCGGUUGUUAUUGAGCUAGCCAAGUGUAUCUCGACCCAAUCUGGCGGCGAACUGGUGGGCCUUCGAUCCUUCAACCUCGAACUGAUAGAUACCGAUAUCAAUGACCAUCCCGAUGGUGCCAAAGGGUACUUGCGGGCGGCUGAGACUCUGCACAAUAGUUUGACGGUAUAUCUCUGGCUAAGUUAUCGGUUUGCUGGCAUCUUCAGAAGCCAAGCACUGGCUUUCCAUGUGAAAACCUUGGUGGAAGAAAAGAUCGAUCAGUGCUUAGCUCAGGGCGUGUGGAGUUUUGGCACUGGAAACAAGCAUGGAGAUUUGGCUCAACAAUACAAGCGUGCCAAGGAGUUGGAAGAAAGCGGCUUUGGAAGUGAUCAGGUUGAUGAUGUGGAAGAUGAAGAUGAGGAAAAUGAGGAAGAUGAAGAUGUGGACGAUGUGAAAGCUAAAGCUGAUGAACAUGAUUCGGAGGAUUCACCCGCAUCUGAUGCAAAUUCCCCCACCACUCCGGAGUGGGAUGAUCUGCAGCAUGAAAAAGCUGCUGCUGCUGCUGCUGCUUCUGUAUGA